CUCCCCAGUCCCCUGUCAGAGACCUACCCCACCCAUACGCACAGACACAGGCUCACAGAGCACAGAGCAGAGAGACAGACAUGCAGACGCGAAAGCAUCCAGGCAGCCAUGCACAUGGCAUGCACCACAGGCACACACAGCAAACACCACAGACGAGGAUCAGUCACGUGUCAAGCCAGCCACCCAGCCGUUGCUCAAAUCGACAGCACACUAACAUGCCCCUCCGUCUGCCAGCCAUUCGAAUGCCGUAUGUGUGUACCACACAGGACGGCACACAAACGGCGACAGGACAGAGAAGGAGAUGGUGCAGCCAUCGAGAGCAGGUGGUCGGCACGACACAAUGCACAUGAUGCUAUCCACACACACGAUACGGCACGGGAGUCCGUUCUACCGUGUUUUUUGUACACGAGGAUCUGUACACCCAAGAACACGGUGAUCUGUACACAGGUACACCAACCCCCCUCAGAAACUGAUCGACGCAGCCAGCCAGACCAGUGAGCCAGUCGGCAGGCAGGCAGGCAGGCAGGGAAGAUACCUAAGGGGCGCGGUGCGUGCGUCUACCUCCCUUGGUAGGAGGACAGCAGCCACACACGCUCACCACACUCAUGAGCCUCCCUAACCUCAGUCAACCAGACCAGCAAGAGAGAGGAAGACAGCACAUAGCACAGCACAGCACACCACCCGGGAUGGAUGGCAUCAUCACAUGCACCUCACCUCGGUCGGUCGACUUUCUCCGUCCCAUUCGAGUCAUGCGAUCAAUCAUCACACAGUCCGACCGACCGACUGGAGCCGUGAGAACCACACGCGUACGCGCGGUUAGAGGAGGCAAGCAAGCAGCCAGGGAGACAGACACGCUGCCCGCCUCACUCAGGAUAGCACCGCUUGAAAACACUCUUGCAACGCGUGUUCUCUUCUUCUCCCUCUGUUGUGUGUGGACCAUUCAUCCAUCCAACCAACCAUGCAUCCAUACCAUCUCAGAAUAUAAACCAUACACACAUACACACACAUACGGACGGACACAGAGAGAAGGGCAGAAGGCAGUGAGGCCUCGUGCACAGACACCAGCCAACCAACUAAUCAUCGAUCGCCCUAUCGCUUCCAGAUGGGGGCGGGGCGUACACACACUCACUCGUACGUACCGCAUGUAAGACCUACAGAUGGACAGAUAGAUACGUAUCUGUAGUGCGACCUCGCCGCGCUGAGUCAAGUAGGAAGGGAAGUCAGUCUUCAAAAAGGGUGGCCCCGAUAGGUCCAUCCGUCGAUCCAUCCGCCGCCCACCAUGUGGUGUGCGGGGAGGGACGGGCAUGGCCGAGACGGGGAGCUCCCAAGCAAGAGGAGGCGCAUGCAGUUGGGCUACAAAUAGCUGUAUGCACACACACACACACACACACAUGCAUUCACGGGGCGUGCAGUGCAUCACAGCCAUCGCUGUAUCCACACCGACAGACAGGGGGGAUACGACAGGACAGGGAGGGUACCUGUCGUCGAAUUCGGCCGGGCAGUCAGUCAGUCAGUCGAAAGGAAUGGGAAUGCUAAGCCAAUCAAUAGAGAUAGACCAUAAGCAGGCCUGCAUCGCGAAACCGCUCGCUGCCUGCCUACCUGUCUGUCUUCUCUGUCAGCGUCGGCUACCGAUAUGGCAUCGGUGAAAAAGACCGGAGACUGACUGACUGACUGACUCAUCGAGUGAUGGGAAGGGGAAUACGAGAGACGAGAGAGGCAGGCGCACGCAACAGCCGGCCAUCUAUCCUGCGUCACCAGCUGUGACGCAGUGGUGACCGAUAUCCGACUUGCUCGCUCGCUCGCCCUGCCUCAUGCAAACCGUUCACCGAGCCCGCCAGUCAGCAUCAACACGUGGUGAUGGUACAUGGUGACACUGGCUGCCAAGACGGUGAUGUAUUGCUGUGAGGCAGAGUGGGAGCAAACCCCACGAAGCUACGCAAUGCCCGCCUGCCCACCCAGCCAUGUCUGUCUGUCAAUACAGGAAACGCAGGAGGGAGAAAAACAGGCGCACACACACAACACAGGCAGGAAGGAUUGCAUAGACAGACAACAUGCACACGGAAUGCAUGGACACACAGACGCACACCACCACGGCACUCAUGCACAUCGACCCACAUACACAGCCACAUGGACACGUAACACGGCCACGCCGAACAGAUGAUGCAGAUAUAGAGACAGACGGGCCGUCCCUCACGAGACAGAGGCGCAUGUAGAAUCAGUCAGUCAGUCGUAUGAUAAUCGUAUGCUAUCCACCGUUGCCGCGCCACGACCAUUUCGCGCCCACUUAGCUUUCUCUUCUUUUUUUUCUCUCUCUUCUACCUUGGUCCGACCCACAGUUCUCCGCACAAAGGCAUUGCCACCUUUCAGUCAGUCAGUCACCCAAUUACAAAGAUCCCAGUCAUGACGCCACCCCGCCCGCCCCACUCAAUCAAUCAGAGUAGUUGGAGUUCUCGCGAAUCGCCCGCAGGAUGUCUGACACGCCAAAUCACACACACACAGAACCACACGGGUACAUAUGAGGCCCUCCCUCCAUAAUCAACAUCCCUCCCUCCCCCUCUCCUUACCGUCAGGCGAUAUGCUGUCGAGCAUCUUUAGAUACGAGGUCGUCCCGCCAGAUCCUGCCUGCUCCUGACCCACCCCACUCCCAGCCGACACAACCGGCAGCUGCACCGUGGGGGCCGAGAACGAAGCGCUAGUCUGGACGACGAUGGGCACCAACACCAUGGCCGCCACUUGGUGAGAGGGCUGCCACUGGGGGCUGUACACCGCCGGAGCCAGCACCGCCGGCGAGUGUGACUGCGAGUGUGGCAGUGGGAGGGGCAGGGGAACGGCCGGGUCGGGGAGGGGAUUGCUGGGUGAGGAGGGGGUAGAGGGAGGGACAGGGGGGGCUACAAUGCUGUUGCCGCUGCUGCUGACGUCAGGCAUAGGGCGACUGGCGAUAUCAUGGGCAGUGUCCUUCUUCAACAACAUGCCCUGCACGCCCACAGCAUUACAUUCGACGUUGGAGUGGGUGCCAUGUGAUAGUGAGGAGUGGACGGAGCAGUGCGUGUGUGGUGAUGUUGCUGACUGACUGACUGACUGACUGACCGCGUUUGUCGACUCCCGAUAUGUUCGCUUCUCGUGCUCGGUGCGGCGGUAGCGACGCUGACGCAGCUCAUGCUCCCCUGCAGCCAGACACCCAUACCACAGAUCCACGUGAUGCUCAUUGGGGGGGGUCCUGCCGGCAAUACCUACCAUGGGCAUGUCUGCAUCUGUCUCCCAGCGGGCAACCGCCGUCGCCGCGCAUCCAAAACUUGCACAUGCUCGUCUUGUAGUAGUCGGGCGUCGCACGCAACUCCUCCUGCAGACACACAGACACACAGACCAACAGACAGACAGACAGACAGACAGAGACAGACAGACGUGUGUAUGGCUGCAGUAUUCAAUCGCACCCCUUCCCAUGCACUCGCUCACUCACCUGGCCGUGGGCGAAACGACAGGUGGCAUUACCGCACUUGCCGUACUGACCAACAACAUCAAUAUGCCAUGUGCACGGGGGAAACACGACACAUCUCUCGGUCUGCCAGUCAGUUACACCUGCACUUAAUUGUGUGGUCAUCGCACCUUCUUCCAUGCCUCGCACAGGCGUGUCUUGGCGAGCGACGGGCCGCUCACGAUAAGCGACGGGUCGUGGGCGAAGUUGCAGUCCUCCUGCACACACACACACACACACACACACACACGCGCGCACAACAAGGCAGACAGUGACCGACCAAUCCGUUGUGCAUGUCUGUCUCCCUCCCCUCCCCCCCCUCCAUGAUUAUAGCUUACCGCAGUCUUGCGGCAGUGGCCAGCGGCUAGGAAGGGGCACAUCCGCGUGCGCCAGAACUGGUCGUGGUAGGCCUUCUGCCCAGAGGGUGCCUUCACCAGCACACUCGGUUUGCCAGUGUCCGUUGAAGCCGACGUGAGUCUGAUGCUGUCCUGGCCUGAGCCAGGCCUGGUGCCGCCGGUGGACAUGCUACUGGGGCGCUGCUCCGAGGGUGAGGGGAGGCUUCCUGUGCCUGCCAGCUU